AUGUCCUUUGCAAACUUCUCCUGGCUUGCAGUGGCCUUGUACAUCACAACAGCCUUGGGCUUGACUAUCACUGAAAAUGUCAUUUCCAUCAACCCUGUGAACCUUGCCAUUGGCGACCUUAACAUCAACCCUGGUGUCUACUACUCCAUUGUUAACAACGCCCUUACUACCCUUGCUGGUAGCUUGAACAACGAGGGUGGCUUCUAUGUCACUUCUGACAACGGUUUGGCUGCUUCUGUGGCCAUCGUUUCCGGUACUAUCCAGAACACUGGUGACGUUGCAUUCAACUCCCUCCGUGCUAGUGUGGUGAGUAACUACAACUUGAACUCCAUUGGUGCUUUCACCAACACUGGUAACAUGUGGUUUGGUAUUAGCAGCUACUCCUUGGUGCCUCCAGUGAUCCUUGGCUCUGCCACCAACUGGGAGAACUUUGGAAGAAUCCACUUUGUCCAGUCUUCUGGUACGGCUUCUUCUGUUACCAUUUCCCAGCUCUUGGGCCGUGUUCACAACGAGGGUACCAUCUGUCUUACCAACAUGGUUUGGGACCAGACCACCUCUGUUGAUGGUGCUGGUUGUAUCAACGUUGGUCAGAAUGCUGAGCUUGACCUUCAGAUCAGUCCUUGGGAGAUUUCUGAGGAGCAGACCAUCUACAUGUCUGACCAGACCUCCAUGGUUUCUAUUCUCGGUUUGGCUACUGGUCUUACUGGUGUGAAGACAUUCAACAUUGUUGGUUACGGAAGCGGUAACACCAUCAGAGUGAACCUUGGUUUCGACUCUUUCAACUACGCUGACGGUAUCUUGACGCUUUCUUUCCUCUUGGGUCUUUUCAGAAUCCGUUUCAACAUUGGUCCUGGCUACUCCAACUCUGACUUCUCCACCAACGGUGUCUUGAACACUGGUACCAGAAUCAUCUACAACGGUGCUUACUCUGGCGAGAUCCCAGAUGUGUGUAUGUGUGAGGACUUCCCAGAACCUCCUUUGGACCCAAUCUCCUCUUCUGAGGUCAGCUCUGCCACUGAGACUCCAUCUCUGUCUGAGGAGACCGAGUCUUCUACUGUCAGCUCCGAGGAGGCCGAGUCUUCCACUGUCAGCUCUGAGGAAGAAGCCCCAACCCUGUCUGACGAGCCAGAGUCCUCUUCUGCUCCACAGGACUUCGAAUUGACCGAAUUCACUUCUACUUGGACCACCACUGACUCUGACGGCAACCCAACUACCGAGUCUGGUGUUGUUAUCGUUACCACCGACUCUGACGGUUCAUUGACCACCACCACUUCCCAGUUCGAGCCAGAGCUGUCUGAGGGCGGUGUUACCGAGUAUACUACCACCUGGACCACCACAGACACUGACGGUAACCCUACUACUGAGUCUGGUGUGGUGAUUGUCACUACCGACUCUGAAGGCUCCUUGACUACUACUACUUCCCAGUUUGAGGAUGUCCCAACCGACGAUGGCCUUACUGAAUUUACUUCCACUUGGACUACUACCGAUUCUGACGGUAACCCAACCACUGAAUCCGGUGUUGUCAUUGUCACUACUGACUCGGACGGGUCUUUGACUACUACCACUUCCCAAUUCGAAGACACUGCUCCAACCGAUGGUGUCACCGAGUUCACUACUACCUGGACUACGACUGACUCUGAUGGUAACCCAACUACUGAAUCUGGUGUCGUUAUCGUGACUACUGAUUCUGAUGGCUCUUUGACCACCACCACCUCUCAGUUUGAAGAUGCUUCUCCAACUGACGGUGUGACUGAGUUCACUUCUACUUGGACAACCACUGAUGCCGACGGAAACCCUACUACGGAAUCCGGUGUUAUCAUCGUCACCACUGAUUCUGACGGUUCCUUGACCACUACUACCUCUCAGUUUGGUCCAGACCCAACCGACGUUGAUGGCGUCACCGAAUUCACUUCUACUUGGACUACUACCGAUGCCAAUGGAAACCCAACGACCGAGUCUGGCGUUAUCAUUGUGACUACCGACUCUGAUGGUUCGUUGACUACAACUACUUCUCAGUUCGAAGACGCUUCCCCAACUGACGGAAUCACCGAGUUCACCACCACUUGGACCACUACUGAUGCUGAUGGUAACCCUACUACUGACUCUGGCGUUGUGAUUGUCACCACUGACUCUGAUGGUUCUUUGACUACCACUACUUCCCAGUUUGGCCCUGACGCUACCGAUGGAAUCACUGAAUUCACUUCUACUUGGACCACUACUGACUCUAAUGGUAACCCAACCACUGAGUCUGGCCUUGUCAUCGUUACUACUGACUCUGACGGUAGCUUGUUCACCACCACCUCUCAGUUCCCUGGUGCUACUGAUGGUGUUACUGAGUUCACUUCUACCUGGACCACCACCGAUGCUAAUGGAAACCCUACUACUGAGUCUGGCGUCGUUAUCGUCACCACCGACUCUGAAGGCAGCUUGACCACCACCACUUCCCAAUUCGGUCCUAACCCAACUGACGGUAUCACUGAAUUCACCUCCACCUGGACUACUACCGACUCGAACGGCAACCCAACUACCGAGUCUGGUGUAAUUAUUGUUACUACCGAUUCCGACGGUUCCUUGACUACCACCACCUCCCAGUUUGGCCCAGGUGGUGCUCCAACUGACUUGACCAGCUUCACUUCUACCUGGACUACUACUGACGCUAAUGGCAACCCUAUCACUGAGUCUGGUGUCGUUAUUGUUACUACUGACUCCAAUGGUGCUUUGACUACUACCACUUCCCAGUUUGGCUCUGGCUCGACCGACGGCAUCACUAAGUUCACCUCUACGUGGACUACCACAGACGCCAACGGUAAUCCAGUCACCGAAUCUGGUGUCGUGAUUGUCACCACCGACUCUGACGGUAACUUGUACACCACCACUUCCCAGUUUGACGCCGACAACACUGCUGGUCUCACCGAGUACACUUCUACUUGGACUACGACUGACGCUGAAGGUAAGCCAACUACCCAGUCUGGUGUUGUCAUUGUCACCACUGACCCACACGGUUCUUUGACCACCACUACUUCUUUGUGUGAGCCAACCGAGUACACCACCACUGUCCACAAGACUGAUGGCCACGGUAACGUCCAGACCAAGACUGUGGUUGUCUGUGAGACCACUGCUCCAAACGGUGUCUGGACUACCUACACCACUGUGUGCCCAGAAACCACCCAGUACGUUUCUACCAAGCCUGAUGGCUCCAAGACCACUGUGACUGCUGCUAUCAUCGAGACUACUAUCCACGGUGUUGCUACUUCUUACACUUCUGUGUGCCCACCUCCUCACACUUAUGUGUCUACUUACGAGACCACCAAGGCUAACGGCCACGUUGAAACCACUCUGUGUGUUGUUGUUGAACACACUGAUGUAAUUGGUAAGGUUCACACUUCUACCAUUGCUGGCGAGGCUACUGUGCCUGUUGAGGUUCCAGCUGGUACUCACGCUCCAGAGGCUCCAAAGGCACCUGGCGUGACUGAGUCUCCAAAGGCUCCAGAAGCUCCAAAGGCUCCAGAAGCUCCAGCUGGUACUCACACUGUCGAGUCUUACCGUCCUGGUGAGACCACUGUUGCUGGUCCUUCUGUCGCUGUUUCCACUUACGAUGGUGCUGGUUCACUUCCAAACUUCGGUCUCAACUGGGUUCUCCCACUUGGACUUCUUGUUCUUUUCUAA